AUUAAUAUUGAAAGUAAGGGCAGGAGCUGCACACUCUGCAUCAGAUGGAUCCAUGCGUCCUCCAGCAGGAAGCAAACACAGCCAUCAAAACAAGCUGUUGGUGGCAUCUGAUAUUGUAUUGCAAGAGAGACUUCUUCUGAGGAGCAAUGAAUUGCUCUUCUGUGCAACACUCAGAUAUUGCCUUUCUGCUGUUCUGAGGCACAGUGUUUCACUCCCAUUUGUUUUCUACACUGUUAAUUUGCAAGCACAAACCCUUAGAAGGCUGAACUUCUGAGCGAGUUUGAUUUUAGCAGAAGCCUGUAAAGCACUUAUUGAAGAUGAGGUCUCCUUCUGAAGGAAAACACCAUUCAGAGAACCUAACUGCACAGAGCAGGUCACACAGAACCAGCACAUCGCCUGCGCCCUCACAGCUGAGGCCACCCGCACCCUCGCUUACAUCAUGGCACUGCAGAAAGAGUUUGAGACCUUCAAGCUUGUCUUCAGGGAGCUGCUCGUGCUCCAGAAUGUCUGCCCUGUUCAUGUGGGUGUCAUUCAAGGAGCCAUUUCACUUCCAGCAGGCUGUUGCUUCCUCAGCGCCUCUCUCAUUUCCUGGGCCAAGGGGGUGGCCCAGGGCAGCAUCUCCCACCUGUGGAGGGAUCACAUCUGCUGUAUGAGGGACCUGCUCGCCUUGGCCGUGCCCUGGUGCUACGUACUCAGCACCUGUGGUCAGGAUCUCUCCUUGAAGAACAACAGGGAGAUCAUCCAGCUGCUGCAGGGCCUCAGGGGCAAGAACACCACACCCAGGGUGCUGCCACCUCCCCACGUCACCACCUGCACCAAAUACAUGCACAGGGAGCAAUUUUACUCCUCCUUUUCUUUCAUGCUGUGGACAUUUGUGUGCAAGACGCCCCUGCCACAAAGCCUGACCAUCUGUUUUGGCUCUGCCUACGUGGCCAUCAUGGCCUUUGUGGGGUUCAUGCUGCAGGAACAGCAUGUUCUCUAUCUGCUGGGGUCCCAGGACACCAACAGCCCUGAGGGGCACUCCUGGGUGAUGCCCUGCAGGAUCCCAGGUGCAUAUGCACAUACACACGCAGAAGCAUAA